AUGUCAUCAUCUUCUAUAACAAAUAAUUCUUUAAAGUCAUUAAAAAAAGAUAAAAAGGAUACAAAAAAAUUAGUUGAAAAUCCCGAUGAAGACACAAAAUCUAAUAAAAGUGAAAAUAUCACAGAUAAAGCAUACAAAAAAAAAAAUAAAAGUAACUAUUAUUCCUUAAAAAAUUUAGUAUUAAAGGAACCACAAAAAAAUAAAAAAAAAUUAAAUAAAAAUAUCUUAAUAAAAAAAGAGUUAAAAAGUAAAAUAUGCAACCCCCAAAAAAAAAAAAGAAAGUUAAACAUUAAAUUCAAUAAAUCUUCUAUUUUAUCAAUAAAAUCAAAAAAAUCAAAGAUAACUAAAAUAAAUUGCUUAUUAAAAAAAAAUAAAAAACUAAAGAAGAGCGAUAAUAAAAGUGCUAAUAAUGAAAAUAAUAUUUAUCAAAAGAAUGAAUACAAACAGAAUAAUAAAAUAUAUAAUUCUUUUAAAAUAUAUAACAUUGAUAAAUUUAAAAAAAAUAGAAAUAUAAAUCUUUUAAUGAAAAGCAAAAAUAUAAAAGAAUCAAAAAAUAUAAAUAAUAUGACAAUUAAAAGAUAUAAGGAUUCUAAUAAAUUAAAAAAUAUGGAUGAUAGCUUAAAUAAAUGCAAUAUAUACUAUAGUGACAUAUCUGAUAAAUCAUUUAGUAAAAAGAAUAAAGAUGACAUAAAAUACAAUUGCUUAAAUAAUAGCAAUAUAAUUGAAUAUAAUGUAAUUAACAAUGACUUAUUAUAUUUUAGUGAGAAUAAUGAAAAUAAAAGUUCUAGGUAUAUUAAUUGUAAUAAAAAUAAUAUCUUAAAUGAUGAAAAUUUUUCCAGAUCAAAUGAGAAUGAUUUUUAUAAAAAGAACUUUAAAAAUAAAAUAAAUUAUAAAAUAAUUUGUAACAAUAAUUAUGAUUUUUCUGAAAAUCAUAAAGAAAAUUUAUAUAAUAAUGAAAUUAUUUUAAAUGAGAAUUGCUAUAUGGAUAAAAAAUCUAAUAUGAAUAGUUACAAUUCAAAUAAUUCUAAGGAAGAAUUAUAUUGGAGAUGUCAUGUAACAAAUAAUAAUGAUGAGAAUUUUUAUAACAAUAAUGAUGAUUUAUCAAAUGAUAACAGUAGUAUUAAAAAUGAAUUUUAUGAAAACAUUUAUGAUACAAAUGAAUUGGUUAAUAAUAAUCUUGAUGAUAACUCAAAUUUGAACAAUAAAAUGAAUGAAGAUUAUCUCUUAAAGAAAAAUUAUGUAUCUUGUGAUACUUCUAAUAAUUACAUAACUUAUAAAAAAUAUAUUCUCCAAAAUAAUUCAAAUAGUAGUAGUAAACUGGAGGAGGAAAAUGUAAAUAAUCUAAAUAACUUCAGUGCAAAAGAAAAUAUUAAUAAAUUCAAUAUCAUUGAAGACAUAAAGAAUGAAAAUAUAAGAAAUGAAGGAAAUCAUAUUUUCAUUAAAUUUAAAGAAGAAGAUAAUAUUAAUCUCUUAAGUAUAAAGGAUAAGGAAAAUUCUCUUCAUAGCUAUGAAGAAAGUGAUAAAAAAAUAAAAUAUGAAUCUGAAUAUAACAAUAUGGAAAGAAACGUACUGAAUGAUGAAAUAAAAGAUGAAAAUAAUAAAAAUUCUAAAUCUUCUGAUAGUUUAAAUGAAUCCCUUUCACAUUUAUCAGAAUCAUUUAAUUUGAAAUGCUUACCAGAAAUACCUGAUGAUGCAAAUUUAAUAAGUAGUAAUGAUAAUUUAUUUAGUUUAAAUGAUAAGAGUCUCUACUCUCAUUCUAAUUCUAGUUUUAAAUUAAAUUUAGAUUUAGUUAAAGAUGUAGAUAAUAUGUCUACAGGAUUUUAUAACAAUAAAAACACAUACAAAUCAUAUUUAAAUGAAGAAGAAAAAUCUUAUGAUGAUGAUUUUACAGAUAAUUUAUUACAUAAUAAUAGCAAUUCAAUAAUUAAUAUAAAUAAUCAAAGAAAAAUGAAAAAUGUAAGUAAUGAAAAUUUUAUAGUAAGCAAAGAAAAAAAAAAAAAAAAAAAAAAAAAAAAAAAAAAAAAAAAAAUCAAUAAAUUGAUAUCACUUAAUAGUAAUAUAAAAAAUGAAUUAUCCAAUGAAAAACCUAAUAAAAAUAAACAUUCUAAAGUUCUAAGCAUUUACAAUAAAUUAUGUCAAGAAGUUAAUAAAGAUCAUCUUAUUAAAAAUAAAGGAAGUAUUAUGGAAAAAAAAAUAUUAAACUCUUCAACAAUUUUAAAAAAAAAAAAAGAAAAAGUAAAUUUAGGUAAAUUAUCAAAUUCAGAUAAUUUUUUCAAGACAAAUAAAAAUAUGAAAAAUAGAAUGAGUUACUCUGAUAUAUUAUGCGAUAGCAACAUUUGCAAUUCUGUGAAUUUUAGAAAUAAUAGAAGUGAUAUAAAAGAAGAACAUACAGAUGAAAAAUGUAAUUCAUUACAGAAAUUAUUUUUUAGUUAUUCUUUAAAUAGUGAAAAAAGUGAUAACAUAUCUAUAAUUCAUGUUGAUAGUUUAGAAGAUUUAAAAGCAUCAGAUAAAAAAAAUAAUUCAUUGGAUAAUUUAAAUGAGAUAAGCAAUACAAAUGAUACAAAUCUUAAAAAAAUAAAUGAAACAAAUAAUUUAUUAUAUGGAAUAAAGGGUGAAAAUAAGGAAAAGGAAAAUUACAUUCCUAUUGAAAAAAUUGACAAAAUGGGAACACUAAAUAAUUAUGUAGAAAAGGAUUAUUUUAAUGAAGGUAUAAUUUGUGAUGAUAGAAAUUAUGUAAGUAACAUUAUAAAUGAUAAUACAAAAUUCAAUGAAGAAAUAAAAGUAUUAAAUGAGAACCAUAAUGAUAGUUUUGUAAAGAUAACUAGUAAUUAUACAUCUGACAUUUAUUAUUAUAAUAAAAAUAAAGAAGAAAAUUACCAUGAAAAAAAUAAUUAUAAGAAAAAAAUGAAAGAUAUAUAUAUAAAUAAUAAUAUUGAUAAUAAUAAUAAUUUAAGUAUUUCUUAUAAUUUUGAUGGAUAUAAAGAAAAUGGUACAAAAUUAAGAAAUGAUAUAUUAUCUUCUAAAUUAAAUGAUACAAAUAACAAUUUUAAAGAACUAAAUGAAAAAAACAAUGAUCAAAUGAAUAAUGAUAAUAACUUUAAGGUCGAUUUCGUAUAUUCAUCAUCUACAAGUGAUACUAUUUCAGAAAAUGAGAAAGAAAGUAUGUAUAUAAAUUGGAGUACAUUAUUAAAAAAUAAAAAUGAAGUAACAUCUAAGAAAAAUAUUAACGAUGACUUUCAUAUUAACUAUUGUACUAUUAGAAAGAAUAAUAUAAUAAAUAAGAAAAUAAACAAUUGGUUUUCUGAUAAUGAUUUAAAAAAGAAUUUUGAUAAAUUACUAAAUAUUAAAAGUGAUAAAAUAAAGAAUAUCAAAGAAAAUAAAGAAAAAAUAAAGAAAAAUUCAAAUUCUAGUAAUGAAAAAAACAAACAAAAAAAAAAUUUUUUGAAAAAUAUGAAAAAUAAAAAUAAUCUUCAAAAAAAUAAACAUGAUGAAAAACUAAAAAAAAUUAAUAAUAAUAAAAAUAAUUAUGUUAUAAAUUCUAGACAUGUGAAAUACUAUCCAUUAGAAAAAUUAAGUUCAUUGAAAGAUUCCUUAAAAGAAAUUAAUAAAAAUAAUAUUAAGAAAAAUGAAAAUGAAUUAAACGAGAACGAAUUAAAUGAAAAUAAACUAAAUGAAAAUGGUACAAAAAGGAGUAAAUCUAAACAUGAUAAAAAUGAGCAUAAAGGAAAUGAGAAUAUUGAGAAUUUUAAUUUUAAUAAAGAAAAAAAUAUAGAUGAUAUUAAUAAUGAUACAACUUCAAGUAAAAAGAAAAUUUUAAAUGAUAUGCUAAAAUAUAAAAAAAUAAAUAGUAAUAAUUCAUUAAUUAGUGACAAAAUGCAUAUGAACAAAUUAAAUAGCUCAAUGAAUAAUAUAUGCGAUUUGAAGGUUGAAAACUCCGUUAUACCAACCACAAUUGAUAAUACUAUUCUAAACAAAGAUAUUAGUAAUUAUAUGAAAAUAAAAUCAGUGGAAAAUUCAUAUUUAAAUAAUAAUAUGAAUGAAAACAAAAAAAAUUAUAUGAGUUUAGAUUGUGAAAAUAAAAGAAAUGAUAUUAAUCUAAGCGAAAGUGAUAUUAACAAAAUAUCUAAAAAAUCUGAUAUUACAAAAAUAAAUGAUGAGUUAGAGUUGAUGUGUUCAAAUGAUAAUAACAUAUGUUUAAAAUAUAAUUCUUAUGGGAAUUCUAUGUGUUAUCUGGAAUCAAGCAAUAAGAAUUAUAAUGAUUUAAGUGAAGAAGAUAAUUCAUUAAUUAAAAACGAAAAUUAUUUAGCUAUUGAUAGAAAAAGUCAUAUAGAUAAAAUCGAGCAGUUAUUGCAAAAUUUUCAGGGAAGCAUAAAAAACUUUGAAAAAGAAGAAACAAAUUUAAAUGUAAGUAUAAAAAGUAAUAGCAAUGAUAAUCAUAAAAUAGAAUCACACAUUUUAAUGAAAGAAGAAAAUAAGCAAGAUAGUAUACAAAAAAAAUGUGAUAAUAAUUUUAUUUGUAGUAAAUAUGAACCCAAAAAGACUGAAAUAAUCAAUUGUGAAGAUGAUGAUAAUAUUAUAAGUAACGAAAUAAUUAAUUGUGAAGAUGAUGAUAAUAUUAUAAGUAACGAAAUAAUUAAUUGUGAAAAUGAUGAUAAUAUUUUAAGUAGCCAAAUAAUUAAUUGUGAAAAUGAUGAUAAUAUUUUAAGUAACGAAAUAAUUAUUUGUGAAAAUGAUGAUAAUAAUAUUUUAAGUAACGAAAUAAUUAACUGUGAAAAUGAUGAUAAUAAUAUUUUAAGUAACGAAAUAAUUAAUUGUGAAAACGAUGAUAAUAAUAUUUUAAGUAACGAAAUAGUUAAUUAUGAAAACGAUGAUAAUAAUAUUUUAAGUAACGAAAUAAUUAAUUGUGAAAAUGAUGAUAAUAUUUUAAGUAGCGAAAUAAUUAAUUGUGAAAAUGAUGAUAAUAAUAUUUUAAGUAACGAAAUAAUUAAUUGUGAAGAUAAGAAUAAUUUAGAUAAUCAAAUAUUAAAUUAUAAAUUAAUGGAUAAAAUUAACGAAAUGAAUGAAGAAAAAAUAGACAAUAUAUGUGAAAUAAUUACAGAUAAAAACAAAAUUACAAAAUUAUUAGACAACGAUAAAAAUAUAAAAUAUAAUGAAAAUGUAAAAAGUAAAAAGUCAAAAUCAUUUUUUCUUGAUGAAGAAAAAGAAGAACAUAUGGAAAUUUUUAAUCGUUUAAAUAAUAAUAUUAAUCUCCUAAAAAAUGAAAAUGAUAAUUUAAGUGCUACAAAUAACAUUUUAAACAAUAAAAUUGAUAAUUUAGAAAACAAAUUUGUUUCUUUAAAAAAUGAAAAUCUGAUUUUAAGUAGUGAAAUUGAUAACUUAAAAAAUGAAAAUUAUAUUUUAAAAAAUGAAUAUAAUAAUUUAAAAAACAAAAAUGAUAUUUUAAAAAACGAAAAUGGCAAUUUAAAAAACGAACAUAAUAAUUUAAAGAAUGAAAACGAUAAUUUAAGAAAUAAAGAUGAUAAUUUGAAAAACGAAAAUGAUAAUUUAAAAAAUGAAAAUGAUUAUUUAAAAAAUGAAAAUGAUUAUUUAAAAAAUGAAAAUGAUAAUUUAAAAAAUGAAAAUGAUAAUUUGAAAAACGAAAACGAUAAUUUGAAAAACGAAAAUGAUAACUUAAAAAACGAAAACGGUAAUUUGAAAAGCGAAAAUGACAAUUUGAAAAACGAACAUAAUAAUUUAAAGAACGAAAACGAUAAUUUAAGAAACGAAAAUGAUAAUUUAAAAAAUGAACUUGAUAAUUUAAAAAAUGAACUUGAAAAUCUUAACCUGAGUGUUAUAUGCAAAGAUGAAAAAUUUAAUUUAAAUGAAGAAAAUUAUAAAAUGAAAAUUGAUAUGCUAAAACGUGAAAUUGAAAACAUAAAUAAUGAAAAAAUCAAGUUACUCGAAUCAACUGAAAUAGUAGAAAAUGAAUUUAUUGAAUCAAAAAAGAAAUUAGAAAAUAUUAAAUAUAAUAAUGAAAAAUAUACAAAAGAAAUAGAAGUUUUAAAAGAAGAAAAACAUGUAAUAGAAAAAGAAAAUGAAAAUUUAAAAAAGAAUAAUGAGCAAAUUGAAAGAGAAUAUAAAUUAUUAUUAAACGAUAAAGAAAAUUUAAAAACAGAAAAGAUGAGCAAUAUACUAAAAAUAAACUAUUUAGAAGAACAAAUAAAGAGACAAAAAAUACAUUUAAAAGAUCUAGAACGGGAAUUAAAAAGUAAAGAUAAACAGUUAUUAACAAAAGAAGAAGAAAUAAUAAAUCAUAAGUAUUUAAUAGAUGAAGUAAAUAAAGAAAAAAAAAUGCUUGAAAAUAAAUUAAAUAUGUAUGAAAUACAAAAUGAGCAAGUAAUGUUAAAGUAUGAAGAAAAAAAAAAAAUAGAAAUAGAAGAAAUGAAAAAUAUUAUUGAGUGUAGGGAAAAAGAACUUUUAGACAUAAAAACAAACGAAACUCUUCUAAAAAAAGAAAUAGAGCUUUACGAAGAAAAUAUGAAUAUAAGUAAAAAUAAAAUAAAAUACAUUCUAGAAGAAUCGAAAGCUUAUAAAAAUGAAAUAGAAGAACUCAAAGAACAAAUGGCACAACUGAAAGAAAAAAAAAAGCACCUAUCUAUCAACAAUACAGAACUUUUAAAUAAAGAAAAUAAUCAACUAGGAAAUGAAUAUUCAUGUUAUGAAAAAAGUUAUAAAAUUCCAUUAAAUGAAGGAGAAAAAGAAAUUAUAAAUAUACAAGAAAAAGUAAAAAAUAAGAAAAAUGAUUUGAUCAAUAAUUGUAGCAUAAUUAACAGUAGUGAUGAAGAUGAAAAAAAAGAUGAAAUAGAAUUAAAAAUUAAUAAAGAAAUAUUAAAUAAUUUAUUUAAAGAAAAUAAAAAUAUAGAUUCACUAAAUAACAGUUGCUUAAAAUUCUUUCAAAACAAAAAAGAUUUAUUAAUGAAUGAUGAAAAAGGAAAUACAAACAAAAUAUUAUAUAAAAAUUAUGAUAAAAUAUGUAAUGAAAUAAGUGAUUUAGAUAUGCCAAGGUUACAAAUAAAAUGUAAAGAUUUGUUAAAGGAAUAUAUAUUUUUAGAAUUAUUAAUUAAUGAAUAUGAAAAAAGCAACUUAUAUUUACAUAAAACAAAUAAAGAAUUAAAUAAAAAAUUAGUUGAAUUAAAAUAUUCAUUAGACGAAAAAUGUGAUGAUAAAAAGGAUGAAUUGUUUAAUAAAAAAAUGUUCAAUGAAGAAAAUCAUAAUUUAAAGAAGGAAGAAUUAGACAAAUCACUUAAAAUAUAUGGAAGUAAUAAAAAUAAUGAAAUAAUAGAAAAUAAAAUAAUUAAUUAUAAGAAUAUGUGCAUAGAAUUAGAAAAAUCAAAUAAAAAAUUAUUUGGUAAAUUAGAGAAGAUAAAUAAAUUAUUAAUAGGAGAAAAAGAAAAAGAAAAAGAUUCUAUAUAUGAACAAAUUUUGAAGAAGACAUUAGAAAUAAUCAAGAAUGUUGAUAUAAUAAAUGAGGAAAUAUCUACUUUUAAAGAAAAGAAAAAUACUAAUGAUAUUGAUUAUUCUAAUAUCCUCAUAUAUUUAAAUACCAUUUCAGUUGAUAUUUUAUUUAUCAAUGCAAACAUAAGCUCUAUCAAUGAAUAUAUAAAUGAAAAUUAUAUGUAUUUGGAUAUUCAUAAUUUUAAAAAUUCACUCUUUGAUUUUUCACAGUAUAUAUUAAGUGAAUCAAAUUUAUAUGGUGAGCAUAUUACAAAUUAUUUCAAAGCUAAAAAGGAAAAUACUAAUGAAAAUUUAAAUGAAAAGAAGAUAGAAGAAAGAUUUAAGUUUACAAAUAAUAAUAUGAAUAAUAAUUCGAAACAAAUAGAAUUCAAGUUAAAUAAUUUCAAUUCUAUGGAUUCAAAUUUUAUCGAAAAUGAUAUGAUAAAAAAAGAGGAAAGUUAUUUUAAUUCUGUAGAAAAUUUUUUGUCUUUUUUCGAAAUAUGCUUUUCUAGUGAUUUAUUCUUAAUUAUGAUACAUUUAUGUAAAGGAAUUAAUGAAAUAAAUGGCUUUUUAAGAAAAAGUGAAAUGGAAAAUUGUAAAAAUAUUAUUAGUUUUUUACAAAAUAUUAUGGAUGAAAUAAUAAAUUUUUAUAGCUAUGAAGGCAACACUUUUUUUCUUGAUUCUUUUAUUGAUUUAUUCGAUCUUUUAAAAAAUUACCUAAAUAAAAUACAAUAUAUAAUGAAUUACGAAAAAAUUAAUAAAAUGUAUAAAGUUAUAUAUGAAAUACACAACAUCAAAAAAAUUAUACGAUUUAUCAUUUUCUCCUUUUUUAACUUCCACAUAGAUACAAUUUUUAAUGUAAAUCAACAUGAUAUGCAUUUUAAUUCUCAUUCAAAUGCCAACUGCAAUAUAAAAAAUAACAGUGAAGACGUUAAUAAUGAAAAAGAAGAAAAUAAAUUUAAAACUUAUCCAAAUAACAAUUAUAAUAACUCAAUUAGUACAAAUAAUUUUGGUGGUGGUUUUUAUAAUCAACCGUAUGGUAGUAUGAACACUUAUUUAACUAAUUAUUUUAGUGGUUUAAAUGAGAGUGUAGAUUUUGCUUAUAGUAAAAAAAAUUCUUGUGAUUGGAUGAGUUUAGAGUUUUUUUCUUCUUUUUUUAGUAAUAAAGAAAAUAAAAAUUUAAAUAAAAUAGUGAACGAUAUAUUAGAAUUUAAUUAUAAUUCACAUAUUAUUCCUAAUUUAAUUUCAAAUUAUGCUGAUGAAAUGAUUAUAUUAGAAAUAAAACAAAAUGGGAAAGAAGAUAUCUUAACAAAAAACGAAAAUUAUGCAAAUUUCUUAUUUAAGAAAAUUUAUGAAAAUAUGAAAUUGAAUAAUUUGAUUAUUAAUAGUAAUAAUUUUCUUGAAUAUUUUGGUGAUGAAUUAAUUAAAAAAAAAUUGUAUAAUAAUUUCUUUUUUAAAAAAAAUCAUUUAAUAAAUAUUGAUAUAAUUCAUAAAUAUUUAAAUAUUAUUUUUAAAUUGAAUAUUGGGAUAGAUUAUGACUACUUUUAUCAGCAAUUUUUAAUUAUUUUAAAUAAAAUUAUUUUACAGCCAUCUUCUAACAAUAUAAAUAACUGCUGUGAUAAUGUAUUUUUUAAUUGUUCAAAAGUAACAAAUCAUAGUCUUAAUAAAAGUGUUUUAUUAUCUAUUAAUUCAACAAAUAAAACAAAUCAAAACAAAACUAAUAAUCAAAAUAAUAUAUAUGAUAAUUACGAUAAUUUAAAUUAUCCUUUAUUAGAUGUAGAUAAUAAAUUUAUGAGUAUAAUAUUUCAUAUGUGGCAAAAAAUUGAAAUCAAUUAUUUUUCUAAAUUGAAUAGUAGUAAUAUACAUGAUUCAAAGUUAAAUAAUAAUUUAUACCCUUUUUAUAAUAUAAAAAAUAUUGAAACAAAUAAAUUAAAUAUGAGCAAAAUAAGAGCUUAUAAAAGUGAAAUUUUAUCAAAAAAGGAAAAUUUCAAUUUAAAUAAAAAGACUUCUCAUAAUUUAGAAAAUAAUAAUAAAGAAACUAUUUAUGUAAAUUCAUUUGUAAAUAAAUCUAAUACUUUUAACAAGAUUAAUAAAAAUGAUAACUCAAUGGAAACAUAUUUAAAAUUGAUGGUUUAUGAUAUAUUUAAAUGUAAAAACGAGGAUAAAAUAAUUGGUAUAGAUGAUUUUCUUUUUAUAUUUAAACAGUUACAUAUUCAUAUUAAAACAAGUGUAAUAUAUGCCAUAUGGUGUAUUAUAAUUGGUAGUAAAAAUAUCAAUUUAGCUUUAAAAGAAAAAAUUCCUGUUUCUUUAUUUAUUAAAAAAGCAUACACAACUAAUCCAUCAUUAAUUUUUUAUGAAUAUUGUAAAACAAAAAUACAACUUAAAGAAGCAAAGAAGAAUAUCAAAUUAUUACAAAAAUAUAAUAAAAAAAUACUUUUGUUAGUUAAAAAUUAG